AUGGAAAAUUAAAAACACAUUUUAAGUCCAUUAGAAAUAGGAGAAAUUGUACAUCCUAGUAAUUGUAUUGUUAAAGAUGUACGCCUUUCCUUAAAUUUAAAUAAAAUAUAAAGAGAUCAUUCGACAGGUAAGGGAUUUAAUGGUACUCUAAAACUCAUCAACCAACUUGAAAACAUAGUUAAUAAACCUUAAAAAAAUUAAGCUAAUAUAUUAGAGAUUAGAAGAUCUUCUCUGCUUAGGGCUUCGAACUAAUUGCCUUCAUCUAGGUCUCAAAGAUCAUCAUCUCAAAUACAAUUAAAAUAAAUACCUUUACCUUCUAAUAUUUCACAUACGCCUAGCAUGUGCCAUGCAUUUAUGAGUAAAAGAAGUAGGUGCUCAUCAAAUAUUCCAAACAAUUAAAAUCCAAAUAACUCUUCUUCAAAUAAAGAAAAUAUGGCUUAAAAUAGCCACCGUCUUAGUACCUUUGAAAAUUCUAUGAUUGCAGCAGAUACUAAAAGUACUAAUUAACCUUUAAAUUCAGCAAGAACUUCAUUAAAUUUACCUUCAUCGUCAUCUUAAGCUCAUAGUAGCAGCAAUGGAAAUAAUAAUAAUACUUCUUUAAGCAAAUCUAUACUGAGGAAAUAUAGCAAAUAAAUAAAAUCUAUUCAAGAUGAGUCAAAUCAUGUGAAUUCUCUAUAUAAAAAAGGACAUGAUUAAAAACAAGUAGAUCUAUAAAACUAAUUUGAAAAGUAGUGUAAUGGAAAUAACAAUAGUAAUAACAAUAAUCAUAAUUUACCUUUAACUUCAGUUAACUUCUAAGCAGUAACUAAAGAAAUUAACGAAUAUAUGUAAGCAAGAUCUAAGAGCUUAAUUAUAUAUGAAGAUGAUUGCUAAAAGAAAUUUUAUGAUAAUGUAAUUUUAUUGUUAAGUAUGUUUGAAAAUUACUCUCAGAAAUCAUAAAAAAUAAAUGAACACAUAAAAGAUGUGUUAAAUGAAGUUUUUACUUCUCUAACAUCAUCAUUUAGUAAAGGGCCAGUCUGUCAAAUGUAACUUAGCUAAUCUUAUUAAAAAAUAAAAAGAUGCAUUUAGACUAUGUCAUAAAAUGGUUUGGGGUAGCUAUUUCCCUUUUAUAAUGCUUCUGUGUUGGACAUUUGUGAUUUUUAAAAUAAAGUAUAAAUGAAAAUUUUAAAUUAAAACUAGCUAUCUAAAUUGGAUGAAAAUACUGAACAAGCUAUCAUAAUGAAAAAGGCUCAAGAUAAUAGAAAGUAAAUGGAUUUAUUAGAAAAGUUAGAAUAAUUAAAAAUUGAAAAUGAGCUUUAUAAAAAGUAGAAGGUUUAGCUCGAGCAAGCAUUUAACAGUACUUUGGAAAAAUAAAAAAAAGAAAAUAAAGAAAUUCAAAAGCAAAAUAGAGAUUUAAGCAAAGAAAAUAUGAAACUUAGACUUCAAAUAGAUAAUCUCUAAAGAGAGAUCGAAAUGCAAAGCAACUUAAAUAACACAAAAUCAAAUUAUUAGAAUAUGUCAUAUUUUGAUUCUAUAAAUAAUACUACCAUUGUUGAUGAGAAAAAAACUUUAGAAUAAAACUAUUUUACUGGCUGCUUACCAAAUUUAAAUCAAUAAUUUUAUCAUUUCAAUUCUGUCGUUUCAGAUUAGGAUUAAUUUUGGUAUUUGCCUUUUGAAAUAAAAUUUUGGAGCUAGCUAAAUCAAUAUAACAAUUAAAUCUUAAAAUAAGAAAAAUUCUUUACUUAAAGGGAAAUUGAUUUCAUGAUAUCUACUUUUAUUGAAACUCAUCUAAAUGAUGAAGAUACUUCAUUUAAGUUCGCUGAUUCUUUACUUAAAUAUUUCAAACAAGAAAAGGGAUGUGAUUCAUUUGAAUCUAUGAAAAAACUUAUUCAAUUUUAGAAAAGUAAUUGUUAAGUAAGCUGUCUACACUAAAUUUUUUAUAGAAUCUUCAAUAUCUAACAUGACGAUAAUGAUAAUCUUAUUUAAGAAUUGUUAUUAAUUGAAUAAAACUAUUCCUUCAAUCAGUCCAUAAGACAACACUCCUCCACAUAUUAAAAUGCUUAUAUUAAAAUUUAUAAAAUUUUGCAAGAAGAAUCCUCAAAAAAUAAAAUACAAAAACAAAGCAACAUACAACUUAAUUUGCUAAUUACAAUUAUAAAGAAGAUUUUCGAAGAUUCAGAUGACUAUGAUUGGUAAUGGAGAGUAAGUUUACCUUUGUUAUUAAGUAAAUCUGAAAUGAAAUUUUGUGGAGAUAUGUAAAAAGACUAACAGUAAUUCCUUAUGCUUUUGCAUGGUUAUUUACUUAAUAGGUUUAAGUUAGACUAAUAAGAUUCUUCUAUAUAGAUGAGUGAUUUAAACAUAAAAGAGUUCAGUAGUUUAUUUUAUGAUAUUUCAGAUAUCUGCAGUGAAAGAAUUUAAAAAAAAUAUAAAGAAUUAAUCUUUUUUGAUUAAUCAUAAAUUAAUAAUAUAUAUGAGUCACUAAAUGAAAAGCAGAGAAAUAAAAAAUAACUUAUUAAAAUCGGAAUUGAAGUUUCUUAAUAACUUUAAAAAUGUUCAUUGUCUAUAAUAGAGGCUACUUCUAUUGUUGUAAGUCUUCUUUUUUAAAAAUUAUGUAUGACAUGGUCAUCUCUUAAAAAUGUUUAAAAUUUCUUUGAAGAAAGUAAUCGGGUUUAUGAGUUAAAUAAAAUUUUACAAAAUAUUGGAUUAAAUUUAGAAUAAUAUGAAAUUUAUGAUUCAAUAGCAAAGAUUUAAUGCUCUUGUCUUGACAUAAAAAGCUAAUAGGAGUAAAUAGAUGUUAGAAUGCAUUUAUAAAAAAGAGAUUAUUCAUCAGAUGAAAGAGAAAUAUCAAAAUUAAUAGAAAACCACUUAACAAAUUUGAUAAUAAAUAAUUUAAUUUAAAGAAUAGGAAAAGCAGAUUAUCCCUCCACUUUCUAAUCAGUCAAUUCUAUAAAAGCGCCUUCAAUAAGCAUAGCUCAUUAUAGCAAUAGGCUAACUGAAAUUGACUAAGACUCAAUUUUGGCGCUUACUCAACCUAGCAAAAUAAUCUCACACGCUAAUAAUCAUGACUUAAAAAAAAUAUGA